GAUUGGUCGCGCAUUGAUCCUUUUGUGCUGAAAGAACGCAUUCGAAGGUUCUUGCACGCGUUCGGCCAGCCAUGCAAACCCAAUUACUCAGUUGACGACAGCUUAUUACAUUCUACCCUGGAGACAGCACGUUGCGGACGUGCAAGUGAAUAUUCUCGUCUUUGAGGUCACUGAGCCGCAAGUGGACCCUGUUGAUCAUGACGAACCACGUUUGAGACACUAGAAGAGUAUCGUGAGGCAGAACACCAAUUUUCUUAGCACGGGAGUUGAGCCCUCUCGUGUAUUACUGCAUCAGGAUGGUACGAUAGAAUUUUACACUUAUGUCGAGAGGCUCGGCGGCGACAGCGACGAUGCACCGGCGAAAUUCCGUUCGGACAGCUUUGGGUUGCUCCACAGUAGCUCCCCGCAUUGUAUAUAAGAGCUCGAAGUCGACCCCUCCUUCGACGUAUUGUAGAAACGUCGCCCAUUCCACGAAACCUCCAGUCUCAAAUUCAAAAUGUCUAGGCCUCAGCACACUCGAACUGCCUCCACAAACCUGGGCAGCGGCUCCAGCCAGCGCGUUCUGGAGGGAAAGAUCGCGGUUGUGACCGGAGCAUCGCGAGGUAUCGGUGUCGAGAUUGCACGUAACUUGGCCAGCAAAGGCGCCAAUCUCGUGAUCAACUACACCUCAGACUCGUCUGCACAGACUGCCGAAGACCUCGCAAGCGAGCUACAAGCCGAGUAUGGCAUCAAGGCCAUCACCGUACAAGCCAACAUGGGCUCAGAGACCGGGCCUCAGCACAUUGUCGAAGUAGCAGUCAACAACUUCAAGCAUCCAAAGACUGGCAAGUUCCAGCUUGACAUCAUCAUCAACAACGCUGGUGUUGCCGGGAACAACUUUGUGGAGAACGUGGACGCGGCGGAUUUCGCAAGGCAAUUCAACGUCAACGUCAGGGGCCCUUUGCUACUUCUGCAAGCCGCCAUACCUUACCUGCCAAACGAUCGCUCUGGCCGCAUUGUCAAUCUGUCGUCAGUCAGCGCUUCAUUGGGAUACAAGGGCCAGUCGAUCUACGGAGGGACCAAGGCUGCGCUUGAGGCCAUGACGCGGACUUGGGCCCGCGAGCUGGCUGAGCGCGCAACUGUGAACGCCAUCAACCCUGGCCCGGUCGCCACAGAUAUGUACUGGGGCAACGACGAGAAGUUCAUUGCUCAGAACAAGCCCUUUAUUGAGACCACCCCGCUCGCAGCACCAAGGAAAGGAAUCGACGAAGAGAGGAUCUACGAAGCCUCGCAAGGUGCGGGAGGACGACCUGCAUACAGCGAAGAGGUCGCGGGUGUAGUGGGUAUGCUGUGCUCGCCAGAGGCUGGGUGGACAACAGGCAGUGUCAUCUGUGCGAACGGAGGCAUGAAGUUCAGCGUUUGAACGUGGUACAUAGAUGGCUUCCGACACGAACUAGAAUUCACAGACCACUGUCAUCAUCGAGUAGAGCGCAGAUCGUUCCGAAGGGGUUGGUAAAAGCAAUACCCAAAUAGUACGUCUAUGCAGCGCACCAGCGUACAUGAGACAACCCGAAACAAAGACAUGGAAUCGAAUCAGAAUAAAGAUGUUCACCACAUCUCACACAGCCAAGACAUC